ACACACACAUAAAAUUAUAUAUAUAUAUUAUAGUCGUUUUUGGUUUCUGCAAGGUUGCAAUUUUGCCUCAGGCCUGUGUACAAGCGUAGUUUACUAACAUGUGAAGGAGUUCGAAGGAGUUGCGCCUGACAGGCAAUGUUUGCAUACUUUCAAUAUCAUUCGAUUCAUUCGCAUACAGACACUUGUGCCUUUAGGGCUCAAAUGUGUGUUCAAACAUGUGAAUUUUGAUUGCAGAAAACUGAACUGGUUUUAGUAAAUAUCCUGAAGGGAACUUCUGAACAUCUGAAUGGAUUUUGGGAAAAUUGACCUCCACUUUGAAGAUACGCUCACUGAAGGUGACAAAGUGACUUAUGAGGUAGAGGUCGAAGAACGAACUCAAAAACCAAAAGCUGCAUCUUGGAGCGUGAUCUCAGCAACUGCUGGCGCCAAUUUGCUUACCUUGAGCGGCAAUCCAUAUGGUGCGUAUGGUGUGGUAGUGGGUGGCUAUGGGCCAACUUCCAUCAUCACCAGCUUGGAUCGCGUCUCCCCAUACGGGGUUCCAGGAGCCGGCGGGUCUGAAGGCUCUGUUCAAGCUGGUCGGGCUGGUUCAGGCGCCGUGGCGGUGCUGCCCGCUCCUGCAUUGGCAGUGCCGCCAACACUGCUGCCUGGCCUAGCCAAUACCCAGAUGCUGUCAGCGCCAGGGCUGGCAACAAGAUUGCAAAUGGUCGCGCCUGGAGCUGCAGCAGCCCCAUUCGGUUUGCCAGCGGGCUGGGAGAUGACGACCGACCCGGCCAGCGGAAAGCUCUACUACUUCAACCGGGCUACUCAGGAAUCUAGCUGGACUGUUCCAACCUAGCCAUGCCCACAAAAA